UGCGCGGGCCCCCAGGGCGUCCCACCCCAGGCGGGCGCGGAGUCCCGCCCUUGGAUAAACUCCGAGCCUCCCUCGGCUGCGAGCCAGUGACGCGGCGCCUGCUGCGGACCAGGCGGGCUUCUCAGCGGCAGCAGGGCAGCGUGACCUGGGUGUCCGCCAGAACAUGGCGCCCAGCGUGAACUCAGCCAAGGAGCUGUCCAUUUUCUUAGCAAAGACAAUAUUUGCUUUUCUGGAGGCUGCGAUUUUUGCCUUAAUCCCAAAGCCACUGAAGAAUGUUGCUGGUGAAAUUGUACUUAUAACAGGUGCGGGGAGUGGACUUGGAAGGCUCUUAGCCAUCAAAUUUGCCCACCUGGGGUCAGUGCUUGUUCUCUGGGAUAUCAAUGAGGAAGGCAACGAGGAGACGCGCAGGAUGGCUCAGGAGGCUGGAGCCACGAGGGUCCACGCCUACACCUGUGACUGCAGCCGGAAGGAGGAAGUGUACAGGGUGGCCGAUCAGGGAUCUCUCAUCAGCAGUCUUUGUUACUACCACAACUCACUGAAGCCUCAGGUUAAGAAAGAAGUUGGUGACGUUUCCAUCCUAAUCAACAAUGCUGGAAUCGUAACAGGCAGAAAGUUCCUCGACUGCCCAGACGAGCUUAUGGAAAAGUCUUUUGAUGUGAAUUUCAAAGCACAUUUAUGGACAUAUAAAGCCUUUCUACCUGCUAUGAUUGCUAAUGACCAUGGACACUUGGUUUGCAUUUCAAGUUCAGCUGGAUUAAUUGGAAUAAAUCAACUGGCAGAUUAUUGUGCAAGUAAAUUUGCAGCCUUCGGAUUUGCUGAAUCUAUAUUUCUAGAAACACUUGCCCAGAAACAAAAUGGAAUCAAAACCACUAUUGUAUGCCCAUUUUUUAUAAAAACUGGAAUGUUUGAAGGUUGCACUAGUAGCUGUCCUUUUCUGUUACCGAUUCUGGAGCCAGAAUAUGCAGUCAGGAAGAUAGUAGACGCUAUCCUGCAGGAAAAAACGUACCUGUAUAUGCCAAAGUUUAUAUACUUUAUGGUGUUCCUAAAAAGUUUCUUGCCCAUCAAGGUGGGAAUCCUUCUGGCCGAAUAUUUGCGUGUCCUUCAUUUUAUGGAUAGCUUCACUGGGCAAAAGAAGAAAGACUGAAGCCCAGCUCUGUGGCUGAUGUCCCCUGAUACCCACCAUGACAUAACAUCUGUUUCAGUGAGGAGAAUGCCUUUGCCCAACAGAAUGUAUCUGGAAACUACAAGCACCACUCUUAGUCUGCUGUCUGGACUCAACCAAUGCCUUUGGAAACCUUCAACCAAUCUUCAACCAAUAACUUUGAAAAUAAUGUCACUCUGCU